AUGUCCUACGCUCCCAGAAACGAAACCGACUAUCAACGUUCGUCCAACUCAGGCCACGACAACACGAAGAAUGAAAAACCCGGUCCGGUAACUUCCGACUCCCUCGCCGCAGAAUCCAUUUCUUCAGGAGGUUCCUUCGCAAGCGGCACAGAGUCAGACUCACGCGGCCCAACUGCACAMAGCAAUGCAGCCAGCAACUCCACCCUAGCCUCAGCGACGCGUCUCGACCCGGCUCCCGACGCCGAAGCGCGCUCUGCCAAUGAAGAAUGGACGGAAGCCUCGCAGCUCAACGCCGGUCGUUCUCUAGGUUAUCAAGACUCCGGCAGGGGACCGACGUAUAAUCCAGGCCCCAAGAGUACGGAUGGGAUUGACCCGCCGAAACCUGCGGGGAAGAAUUUGACCGAGGGAGGGUUUUAUUCUGGGGAGGAGGCGAAUGCGAGCUAUGGGACGGAUAUUGGGGGCAAGAGGGAUCCGGGUAGGGUGGCGUUGGGGGAGAUGGUGGAGAGGAAUGAAGCUGCUGCUGGUGGGGCGGGACCGAAGCAGAGGGCAAUUACGGGUGAUGGACAGUUUGAGGCGUUGGGUGGGGAUGCGGAUGCUUGA